GUUCAUCCCACUGGUAAGCUGUUCGUGCUGUCGGAUGGAGAAGGAAAACACACGACUGUGGAGCUGAGCGAACCUCUAGAUGAAGAGAUCUCGGGAGUUCUUGAAGUAGUGGGGAGAGUAACAAAUCAGGCAACCAUCAUGUGCAUGUCAUAUGUCCAGUUCAGAGAAGAUAAAAGUCCAUUUGAUCUGGAACUCUACAAUGAAGCACUAAAAAUUAUUCAUGAAUUCCCCGACUACUUCCCGUUUGGUACUGGGAGGAACAAUUGA